CAAGCAGGGGACAGUGGGAGGGCCCAAGUGAAAGAGGCAAAGGCAGGCAAACAGUUUACAUCAUUAUUCCAGAAAGAUCCACCGCUGGCUUGUCUGCCAGGGGCCGUCGGUGUUGCUCUAUUUAAGUGCGCAGGCUAGGAGAGGCAGCAGUUUCCUGAGUGCUGCUAAGGCCCAGACACAAAAUGGACAUCGCCAUUCAGCAUCCCUGGUUCCGUCGCUCCUUCUGGCCAUCCUUCUUUCCCAGCCGGAUCUUUGACCAGCACUUUGGGGAUCCCAUCCCUGAGGCCGACAUGAUUCCCUCACUGUACUACCCUCGACCUUCUUUCUUCCGCUGGCCAAGCUGGGUGGACAGCAGCCUUUCUGAGAUGAAGAUGGAAAAGGACCGUUUCUCACUAAAUCUGGACGUCAAACACUUUAAACCAGAGGAGCUGUCUGUGAAAAUCAAUGGAGACUUUAUUGAAAUUCAUGCUAAACAUGAGGAUCGUCAGGACGACCACGGCUUUGUCUCCCGAGAGUUUGUAAGAAAGUACCGUGUUCCUGCGGGUGUGGAUCCAGUCUCUGUCACUUCCUCCCUGUCUUCCGACGGCGUUCUGACAGUGACAGCCCCGCGCAAGCACACAGAGGGCCCGGAGCGCGCCAUUCCCAUCACCCGUGAGGACAAGCCCGCCGUGACUGGGUCUCAGAAGAAGUAAAGCUGCUAGACUUAAUGUUUCAACUUUAUGUCCCUUGUCUUCCCCUGUCCCACUGUGCUCCUGCCUGCUACAUUACAAGGGAAUGACUUAAUAGCCCAACAUUUCCUGACAGGCCAAAACGUGUGUUGGUUUUGCUACAGCGGCUAGAGAAGAAACAGUUAUUAGGUUGAAAACUCCAUCAGCGUCAAACUAACUAAACACAAUCUCUAAAUGAUGAAUGUCACCUAAAAGAUUUUCAUAGAAAUAUACUUUUACAAUAAAGUAUUGUCUUCUGUUGAUACCACCAAACAAAGGGGCUUUUGUAUAUCGUGCAGCCUUGACUGCAAGACAAAGUAUUUGAGUGUAGGAGAAUUUUUCCCUAGCUUUUUUCUUUUUAUAACAAAGACAAACAGACAAAAAUGGGCCAUUGUAUUAAACUCAGCUGGAUCAGAUGGCAAUGCCAUAGUCUCUCAUUAAUAAUGGUGUGUGACUUGCAGAAGUCAGAAAAAUGUGAACAUUUUACAAUAAGGUUUUAUCAGUUAACGUUAUGCAAUAACUAUUACUACUAGAGUAUUUAUAAUCUUUGUUAAUGUUAGCUAAUAAAAAUACAGCUUCCUUGUUAUUUCAAGUUAGCUCUGGUCCAUUAAAUAAUAUUAACAGAUACAACUUGUAUUCAUAUAUGUUGAAAUGAACAUUAACUAAGAUUAAUAAAUGCUUUAAAAGUAUUUCUCAUUGUUAGUUCAUAUAGUUAACCAAUGCUAUCAAAUUGAACCUUGCUGUAAAGUGUUUAUUCUGUUAUUGUUCAUUCUCUGUACGUUAAAAUGAUUUGAGAUAUCACAGUGGCUUUUGUUUUUGGUUUGAUAAAGUAAAGUUUACUUGUAGUUUUCAAUGAUGGAUUUGGGACCAGAGGACACAGUGAGGGGAUGUGGAUACGUUCUUGAAAAGUGACAGUAUUUAAGUGUUUUAACAAGAUUUGUGAAUGCUGAUCCAGUUUUUGAUUGGUUAAUGACAUAUUUAAACACUGCAUUGCUUCACACUACAUAGUUUUAUGUCACUGGAUAUGCAUGACAACCCAAGUUUAAGGGGAGUUAUGAACCCCUUUCAAAUAAUAAUAAUAAUAAAAAUAUAUAUAAAUGUUGCUCAAUGCAAACUGAAAUUAAAGCAGAAUGAAUAGCAAGUGCUACUCUCAUGGUUGUAUGUUGCAAGAACUGGUGUUACUGCAAAAAUGAAUGAGAAUAAAAGCAUAUUAAUGAAAAGUU